GUAUUUACCAAAAAAAAAAAACUUAUCACAAUCUUCUCCUCCUCCGUCUCAUCUCUCUCCCUGCAGAGAAAAACGACACAGGGACAGGGAAGGAAAGGAAAGGGAGAAACCUCAGCAACAGCAUCACCACAGAACCAAGAGAGAAAACUCUGCGGAAAGGUUUUCUGGAUUUCCCCUCUCUCCGAAGAUUUCUACAUGGUGCGGAUUAUUCCCAUGGCCGCCUCAAUCCGUCCGUCCCUCUCUUCCUCUUUCAGACUCUGCAACAGCACCGCCGCUUCCCGCUCCUCCACCGCCGCUGCCGCUUCUCUUAGUUCCUUCGCCUCCCUUUCUUCCAAGCGAUUGCCUUCCCUCUCCAGCGCUAUUCGACAGUCAGAGCUAUUUGGCUUGAAACCCUCUAAACCAUGGAGACAAGAAUGCACCAGCAUCAGGGUUGCUGCAGCUGGCAAUAUGGCACAAGCAAGCACAACUGCUACCCCAGAAAAUGUACUUGAGUGGGUUAAACAGGACAAGCGUCGAAUGCUACAUGUUGUUUAUCGUGUUGGGGAUUUGGAUAGGACCAUAAAAUUCUACACAGAGUGUUUGGGGAUGAAGCUGCUUAGAAAGCGGGACAUUCCAGAGGAGAGAUACACAAAUGCAUUUCUGGGAUAUGGACCCGAAGACUCUCAAUUUGUCAUAGAGCUUACAUACAAUUAUGGUAUUGACAAUUAUGACAUCGGGGCUGGAUUUGGACAUUUUGGCAUUGCUGUAGAGGAUGUUGCCAAGACUGUGGAACUCAUAAAGGCUAAGGGUGGUAAAGUAACUAGGGAGCCAGGCCCCGUGAAAGGUGGCAGUACAGUGAUUGCAUUUAUCGAAGAUCCUGAUGGUUAUAAGUUUGAACUCUUGGAAAGAGGGCCUACCCCAGAGCCUCUCUGUCAGGUGAUGCUUCGCGUUGGUGAUCUAGAUCGUUCCAUAAAUUUCUAUGAAAAGGCUUUUGGCAUGGAGCUUCUCCGCCAACGUGAUAAUCCCGAAUACAAGGUAAACAGGGCAGUUAACUGAAUAAGCAGGGUUUUCUACCUCUAUUAAACAGCACUUUGAUCAACAGCAACAUAUGCAACAAAAUAAAACUUUCCACGCCUCAUAACCUAGCUUCACAGUGUUGAGAAAUCCAUCAAAAUAAAGCUUUCGUACUGUCUGACUUUUGUGAUAGGAAUGCAUAAAGAACUUUUUGUUAUCUCUGUGCUCGCUAUGUAUUUGAGGGACAGGGCACUUGUCAACUUGUCAAGUCCUCUCUGCAAUAGGUAGUGAAGUUCUUUUUAUAAGGAUCAUGGUUCAGAACCUUAGUUAUGGAGGAGGGUUGAUGAGUGACAGGUAUUUUACCCAAGCAGGAAGCCAUCUGUGUUUCUGGGAUUUAAAGGCAAUUAUUGGAGCCCCUGUUCUCAUCAGUGGUAGACAAUGGGCUAGUGUGACCUGUUCGCCUAAGUUGAGAAGUAUGUAUGUAAAAGAAGAAAUAGCAUAAUCUGUGCAUGCUGGCACAUAGUAGCUUGUGAGCCAUUUCUUUCUGCAAUUCUUAUGUUGAUAGCAUUCGUCUUUUUUUGUGAGUACUUAGUAAGCCAUUGCAGUGCAUCAGUUCUAGUUAUGUAAAUGUGCAUUUUGUCAUGAAUCUGGAUGUCUUCCAGGAGGGCCCUUGAUAGGUCUCCUAUUUAAGGACAUCUUGAUUGCCUAGUUAGCAGCUACUGGUAAUGUGCCGGACUGGGUAACUGGGGUCGUGUAUUUGUGUAUACACUACUUCUUGAUAUUGUAAAUAAGAACUACAGUUCUCCUCUAAAAAUAUUCUGCAAGCUGACUUGUCGUACGUUGCUGUUACCAGUAUACUAUCGCAAUGAUGGGUUAUGGACCUGAAGAUAAAAGUACAGUGCUAGAGUUGACGUACAAUUAUGGAGUCACUGAGUAUGAGAAGGGAAAUGCUUAUGCUCAGAUUGCUAUAGGCACGGAUGAUGUUUACAAGACUGCAGAAGCAGUUAAACUCUUUGGUGGGAAGAUAACUCGGGAACCAGGACCUUUGCCUGGUAUCAAUACCAAGAUCACUGCCUGCUUGGAUCCUGAUGGUUGGAAGACGGUGUUUGUGGAUAAUACUGAUUUCAUUAAGGAAUUAGAGUGAGCUUGGGAUGCAAAUCGAUGUUAUCUAAUUCAUCGACACCAGUUCAGAGGACCAUGUGUCACAAGACCAAUGCUGCCUAUGACAGAACAUUGAGAUGAAAGGACCCCAAGAAUACCCAUUUUGUAGAUAAGGUAAUUAAGGUAGCUCCACUAAGAACAGCGGUAGAAAUAAAAGCCUUGCGAUAGAUAGAUUAUAUAGCAGCAGCAGCUGCAAAGGCAGUCGAGAAUCGUCGAUUUUGGCUUUCAUUUUGUGAUUUGGUUCGAGUACAAUAGGAUUCAUUGAGAAGUUCAUGACACAUCUCCUGAGUGUAUUGUAAAAUUCCAUUCUGAAGCCUUGUUGCUUGUUGUUCUGCUAGUCACCCGAAAUGAACAUCACCAAACGCAUCGUGAGAUUGUUCAGUGGUUCCCUUUUUCGGUCGUUUUGUGCCCUACCGAUCGUCUCUCUUUGCACGUAACGGAAACGACUUUUUGUGACCA